AGUUCACAACUAUACAUAUAGUGGUAGGCCUUUGAACGGUGCGCGCCUCGUGCCUCGUGUAUGCUGUGUUUCUUCCUUUCCGUCGUCUGUUCUUUGUCGUUUUUUCAUCGCUUUUCUCCUGUUUUCGUUCACGCGUUUACAUAUCUUCUCUUUUUCACCGAUCUAUAGUCUUUACCUGCGUGACGCGUCAUCUAGUGCGGACGCGAAGGUCGAUCAAUCCACCGAUUGUUUUUGAUCGUUCCUGAACGUUUGUAAACAAACAGACCGACAAUAACAUCUUUGUAUUGUCUGCCUACAAAUCGUUCAAGAAUCAAAUAGAGAGGGAUGAAAGGUACAGCAAAUAUAUAUUCGUGGAAACCUUCGCUGGGUAUAUUGGAUGCGCGUUGAACUAAACAAAACAAAAACAAAAGUAAUUUUCUACAAUCAAAUAUUCGUCGAGAAGACAUUAUGAGGAAUCGUUGAUGACGAACAUGACAGUCUCGGCCUUUGUAUACUGCGUUCUCGUUUUCCAAUUGACGUUAAUUGUUUCGAUCGUGCACACGGGCAGUCGUCAAAUCGAUGAUCAUGAAAUCACUGGAGAUUUGAAAGUCGCCGUAUAUCAAAAACCGAUUUCGGGCUUAUUUUAUCCAUCAUGGAUGAACGAUCAGUUGAUUCGAAGCAAACGAAACGAGCAGCUCGAUGAAGAGACGAUUCCUACGAGACACGCGAAACAUCGGAAGCGACGUCGCUGUAGGAAUCGAUUGACGUGUCUUCGAAAUACAUCUGCGAUUAGGCUGUCUUUUCUGUGGGACAAUGGCACGGCGCCAAUAGAUCAAACAUCUAAAGAGAUAAAAGAAGAUCCUGAUGAAAACAACACGCUUAUAGAGGUCGAUGAAGAAUCACGCAACGAUGGUGUGCAGGAAUCGUACAAUAGAACCAAAGGGGAGGAUUACGAUGUAACCGAUAUCGACGAGGAGAAAGGUAGAAUCGAUUCAGCGGAAAAAAGUUUUAUCAUGACAGAGAGAAACGAUCUUAACGAACGAUCUAUUUCUACUGAAAUUGAGUUAGAAAAUCAAAACCAAUCUUUCAGAAAAAGAAAUCGAACCAAAAAUAAUAAAUUCUUCGAGAAAAUAGAUUCCACGGGCGAAAUGAAUUCUUCCUCUAUUUACCCGGCCAUCGACGAUCAAGUUAUGUUCCAUGAUAGCUUAAGCGUUAUCGUGAGCAAAUUAUUUCAAAAUUUGCGAAAUGUUAGUGCAGCGGACGGACAGAAAAUCUUCACGGAGCUGGAUUUUGUGAACGGCACGAACGAAGAUCCUUGCCAGAAGUGGCUAGACAGCAAGGAUAAGCUCGAGCAAGUUUUCUUAGGUGGUCUAGCGUCGUUACCCGCCUGUCCGUGCCUAUACCCGAACAAUAUCUUUUACGAAGACAAAAUUUGGGAUGAGAAGCGAAUGAAGUAUUUCAGGUGGAGAGACGUUAGUGGUAGCUCUCAAAGACUCGAUGUUUAUAAACCUGGAGCCACUUACUGCGUGCGCUCAUUUUUGACGCAAGGAAGCGGAAGCGCCGCAGCUCAACACUGUUGCUACGACCAUCAGAGGAAGCUCUUGACCCGUGGUUCCGGUGCUGGUACUCCGUACUUUGUCAGUCCUGAGAUAUCGCCUAUACUGCACGAGAGAAUUGACGUGCUACCUUGGAGACUUUGCAAGGGUGACUUUUCCAGGUCUUUCACUUGUACAACGGAGUAAGACCACCAAACAAUGACAACGCGUGUGAGGCGAAUCCCGAUGAUGAGGAAUAUCAACGACAAAUCGAUGACACCAAGCAUUAUUAAACUGCUAUCCUUUAGAACGCAAUAUCUAUGAUACAAGAUACCUGAAACAAGUCCCAAUGAGAUUGUAUUUCCGUUGAGUUACUUUAAUGCGCGUAAAGAACGUAUGUAUAGUUAAAUACAAGAAAUAAACAUAGCACUGUUAAUUUUA